UUUUUGUUUUUGUUUUUUGAGAUGUGAUUUGGAGUUGGGUGCAAAUACAAAGUAAGACGAGGGGUUCGGGAAAAGAGAGAUUGUCUGACGUGGGGACUUACUUGUGGGUCAUAUCUGUCGAUUUCGUCUAUCAAAAUGCCUAAUCCUAGUUCAUUUGGGUUUUCUGAAACAAUUAGACUCGUAACUUGUGGUUUUCUGUUGCAAAGCAUAAAACUUGUGCCCCCGUGAAAUCGUAUCCCCAAAACCUGUGAUUUCUUGAAAUUUACUCUUCAAUAUUAAACAAGAACGUUCAUACGAAUUCUCAUCCAAGUUACUCCUCCGAUCCAUAUUAAUUGUCUCAAUUUUUUUCAAAUAUGGAUGUAUUUAUGCCUAAAAAGCGUCUAAAUACAUGUAAUAUUUCGAUAACUAAUAUGGAUCGAUGGAGAUUUUACUUCUACUUUUUACUAUUUAAGGUACUUCCUCUGAUCCUAAAUUCUUGACUCAAAUUUACGCAAAUAUGAAUUUAAAAGACGUCUAGAUACAUGUAUUUAGGAUCGAAGGGAAGGGUUAGAAAUUUCAGGGGAGGUCCACUCUGUGUAUCCGCCGGCGCUCAUGGUAAGUAACCCAUAGAUACUAUCCUAGCUACUGAAGCUCUCCUUAAUGCAAGUGUUUAGGAUUCUGGUUAUGUUUUGCCAUCAUUGCGCGGGGGUACGUCUUGAUCGAACGAUCGUACGCUCGCGGGCACUUGCACGCCCGUACUGUAUGUAUGUGCCAACUUGCGUGUGAGGACAACGCCGUGGCCGAAGGGGUAAUCCCUCAAAUGAACGCCGUCAGAUCAUAUAACUAAGCUACUACAACUUGAUUCAUGUCUUCAUCCGGCCAGCUAAUCAGUUACUUGGGUAUGAUGGUAUAUCCAUAUAUAGCCGUACUACUUGGUCUAUAAAAUCAAAGUGCUGGAGCAAGCAAAGGGAUCGGAGAUCAUCACACACAACACAAACUGAAUACACCUCUUCUGUCUUCUGAGCUAAAAUCAAAGGGCAGGAGCAAGCAAAGGAGAGAUCAAUGGCGGCCAACGUAGCAAGGAAGCUGGCGACGGCGAUGAUGGUGAUGGGUGCGGUGCUGCUGACGGCGGCGGUGGCUGCCGACGUUGAGGGCCAGACGACGACGACGGACUACUGCAACGCCGUCGACCCACUGGUGUUAGGCGUUUGUGUGGAGGCUGCGGAGAAGAAUUCCCCGGGGCUCGUCGAGCAGUGCUGCAGCAGCUUGUUGUCCAGUGACCCGGAACAAGCUGCGGUUUGUCCGGAGGGACUCAAGGAGAAGAGCCUCAGGGAGAUCUUCACAUGCACCAUGAAACAAAUCAGAGUUUAAUUAACACGGAGACAGCACGCGCUGAACCCCGAUUUCCUCUUUCUUCAGCCUUUUCCUCCGAAGGCCGAUCUUCGCGUGCUCCUUGAUGUCGGCGUGGCAUCCGACAGGUGAGCGCCAUCUGUUAGAAAUAAGUCAAACCACCUGGUUUCGGGCUGGUUGAGACUAACUGACUCAAAAUGUGUGGCUGACAGAUUUGUGUGGUUUGGCGAAACUACCACCCCCAAAAGAGUGCUUUUUUUGAAAUGGGAACGCCUGCAGCUCAGUCGGUGUGUGAUGUCCAUGCAUGUGUGUGUGUUUCAGAGUUUGGGAUCACGAUAAAAAGCAUUCGUCUCCUUAUAGUAACAUAACUUCAGCUUCCAUUUAUAUGCUUCUCAUGUGUAUUGCUACAAAUUUUAAAACGAUGGUAUAAAUUUGAAAAAUGACUGAUCCUGACGGCUCGGCCAACACCACGGAGAAAGGAAAAAGGCAACAAAAAUAAUAACUUGCAAGUAAAACUUUAUGCGCGAUUUUAAAAAUUGCAAGGGAAACUUUAUGCGUGAUUCUUGCGCGAUUCUAAAAAUUGCAGGUGAAACUUUACGCGUGAUCCUAAAAGUUGCGGGUGAAACUUAUGCGUGAUUCUAAAAGUUGCAGCUGAAAUCUAUGCACGAUUUUAAAUAUUGCAUGGAAAAGCUUUGGUUACUCUCGAGCUCCUUGCUCCUCCUAUCGGCCACCGUCCAUCUUGUCCCAUACAGAUGACGGCCGCGCACAAGUCCAACGUUAGGAAGACGGAAAGUUUAAUCGGCCCCACCGCACGUCUUUUGAGCUGACCGGAUCGCAUCCGCUGAGGCUUUCUCCCGUUCACACGUCUGAGUCCCGAUUCCUCCCUUUCUCUUUUUCUCUCUGCUCCCCUUCCCGUCCUUCCGCCUCCUGCAGUGAGUCCCGCCGGCGUGCUCCCCGCCCUGCUCCCCGCCGGCUCCUUCCUCCACCAUCGUCCCCUCCCUCCACCUCCUCCCAUCCUUCCCUCAGCCGGCCCCUCCUUUCGCCAUAGAUCCCAAUUUCAACGUUGCUUGGUUUGGUUCGAGGAGGAAGAGGGGGAGAUGAAGAAAGGUGUGCCGGAGUUGGGCGUUGAAGGUUGAUGCACGCUCAUUGUCUUGGUCCAAGUCCGCAGACUCUGAAAGGCGUCGGCACGGCCGGUGGCCAGCAGCAAGACAAGGAUGAGCUGGAACAUCAGCAUGUCCGGUGCUGCCAUCUUCCCUCUCCCUUUGCUCUGCUCCAUAUCCUCCGUCAAUUGAUUGAACACCUGAUUUGGAUGAGCAAGAGUUAUUGCCUUGCUCUGGUUCUUCAAUUGGUCACACCUCAUUCAGAUAGAGCAGUGGAAGUGUUCUUUCAUUGCUCAAUGUUGUUUCUUCAGUGCUCAUAUGAAACCUGUUUGAGGUAACAGACGUCCUUCUUUUAGAAGUUGCUUAUUUUGUUCUUGUGGGGUUGCCUCACCCAAAUUUUAGCAAAGAGUGACAUAAAGCAGAUGUGGUCUGUAGAAAUGUUCUUGUGACUUGUGAGUAUGGUCUGUACUAUUUUGCUGAUUGCAGUGAAAAUGUUAUUGUGAUAUGGUCUACGCUGGUCUAGCAAAGAGCCAAAAGCCCAAAAGGUCAUCGUAAGGAGGAUUGCAGGAAGUAGCUUGGAACUUCUUCCAUCAACUAAAUAAUGAGAAAUAUUCAAAUCUCUUUUGAGCAGCAAGAGAGCGUGAGUAUGAAUUUUGGCAACACAUGUGUUGUUGUUCUCGACAACAAUUAGAGUAAGGGGUGCCAAUGCGCGAUGGCACAAGUUUGUAGUGGUGGUGAUGGUGGUGGUGGUGGUGGUGGGGGCGGCGGUGUCGUCGUCGUAGUAGUAGUUGUCGUCGUGGUAGUAGUGGUGGUGGUGGUAGCCGUAGCCGUAGCCGUAGCCGUAGCCGUAGCAGUCGCAGUCGGAGUCGGAGUAGUAGUAGUAGUAGUCGUACCUCUUCCUACUGUAAUAAAGCCAAAAUAAUCAAGGCAGUGUAACAUAAGGACGGGAAGGUAGCAAGGUAAUUACCUUAUCUUUGUAUAAACCCUUCGGGGGUUUUCUAAAGGAAAAAUCGUAUGUAAACUAUAUUGUGAAAUGAAGUAGUUUAGUAAUUUCCUUGGUCUUGUUAAAUGUGUUUAUACGGAUGGGUGCUUAUGCUAGGGAUCCUAUAGGAGAAACCUCUGCGUUUAGUUCUCUAUUAAGCCUCUCGUAUGGCGUUUGAAUGAGAACCUUGUAACCGUAGAGAAGUGUUCCCUUCGGAUGGAAUUGACUGGGAAAACGAUAAGAAAUCACCCAUAUAAACUUGUUUAAGAACACCUAGGAAAAUAAACUUAGCUACUCCUGAAGCAAUAUAGUGAAAAAUACGGUGAGUACUGAGUAGAAUUUUUACACCACUGCACGAACCGUCGGUAGCUCAGUUGGCCUCACCAGUCUUAAAAGAUCCUGUAAAAGAUAAUCUUAAUAAUUAAAUAUUAAUCAAACAUAUAAUUUAAUAUUAGUCGAUAUAACCUGAAUAUUUAGUAUCUAAUAUUUAUUAUAUUUUGACCAUCAGCCAAAUGUUUUACGCCAACCUAUAUGUUUGACCAUCAGCCAAAUGUUCUAUUCCCUCCGGUCGGAAUUAUUUGUCGAAAUAUUACAUGUAUUUAGACACUUUUUACACAUAGAUACGUCCGUAUUUAAGAAAAUUUGAGACAAGUAAUACCGAUCGGAGGAAGAACUAUAUAUUUUAUUAUCAAUAUCAUGGAUGCAGUCCAAAUAUGCAGCCUCCGUCCAUGUGUAGCUGUGGAUGUAACAGUUUCAGAUCAGGAAGGAACAGUGGUUUCCCAUGUGCAGCUGUGGAUUGAACAGUAUUGGCAUGGCCCAUGUUAUGGCCCAUGUAUAACACUAACGGCAGCAUUCCUCCACACCGUUUGCUGCCAUCACAUCGACAUCUGCUUUCGUCAGUCAUGGCAGGAUCCAACGGGCUGAUGCAUAGUUUCGGACGGCCGUGAUUGGUGGAGCAAUGUGCUCGAGAGUAAAAAAUCCUCUCAUAUUGCAUUGCAGGUGAAACUUUAUACAUUCUAAAAAUAAAAUCGCAGGUGAAACUUUAUGCCAACCACUAAGCCAGCAAGCAAAUCUUCUGCAUCGGUUGUUAUUUUUAUUUAACUGGGAUUUGUCUUCGUAGAAAUUUCAGCACGAAUCUCAGCACAUGUCUGAUGGUCCACGACGUCGACUGAGAAAACGAAAUUCUCAGGCGACCAUGUCCUAGCAAAUCCGUUUUUAAAUUUAUUCAAAUUCUUAGCUAUGACCAAAAUUGUGGUGUCUAUUAUUGGGAUAAAGACCAAUUUUUUGGUAAGCAAAUACCUCCUUACUAAUCCCAGUUUAUUUUAUUUUUGACAACUUUAGGCAGGGUGUGUUUGUGGUGAGCACAAGUCUAAUCUAUCAAAAUUUGGCUAGCCAGUAUCUUAGUUAAGGUUUGGUUUGUCCAUAUUUUGUCCAAUAUUAACAAGAAAAUAAACCGGUACGUAUGUCAAAUAGUGGCCACUAUCUAGACAAAAGCCGAAAUAUUGGCCAUAAUAAUAAAAAAUAGCCUGGUUAGUUUUGGUCACCGUCUAAACACGUCGCUAACCUCUUGGCAACAUAAUCUCUGAUCAACUCCAUUUUCUGCAUCUCGACAAAAUUUACCAAUCAUGCCCCAUUUGGAAAAAAGGAUAUUCAUAGGAACUUCAUAGGAAAGGAAUUUCACGGGAAAUUUUCCUACGAUGUCCUUUGGAUUGUAGGAUUGGCAUUGAGAAUUCCUAUAUGAAUGUUUUCUUUCCUUCAUGUUUCGGAGGAUUCAAAACAUUUGCUCAAACUUCAUGUUUCCACUUUCUUUGAGAACUCCGAUACAACAUGUGUCUUUUUCUCUCCUCUUUUCUCUCUUUUGAAAAAUAUUUUCCUACGAAAUUCAUGCGAGGCAUCCAAACAACUUUGUUGUAAAAUUCCAUUCCGUAGUAAUCAAUAGAACAUAUCAUUCAAUUUCUGCAGAUUACAUGCUCCUGGAUUUUUCCUAUCCUACGACCCCUUCUUUUCGGAUUUAGGACGGGCUUCUCCGACUUCGAGAAGCCCGUCCUAAAAGCCGAGAAGAAGGGAGGUCUAUGUUCCAAACGGGGCCUCAAUAGAAAUAAAAAACACAAUAAAAACCUUCGUGAUAGAAAACGCAACAUAACACAGUGAGAUUGGACAACACUGGAAGCUUUAUCACAACCCUGACACGAGACCCAUGGGCGGAUCCAGCACAUACUGAGUGGGGGUCAAUGCCCCCACUCAAAUUUGAUACGCCAAUACAAAUUAUAAAUUUUUACCAUUGGUGCCCCUUCUAAUUUAAGUUAUAACCUUUUAAAAAUGUUUAAAGUGUCUCCUCUUAACUAUUCUCCUGGCUCCGCCCCUGGCGAGGCCAAUACAGCAGCAGGAGGCGAGCAACAAUACAGUUCCUCAAGAGAAAUGCAAAAAUAAGAGUAAAGUACAACCAUGUAAAAAAGCUAGAUUUCGAACUUGUAUACGGGCAAAAGGAAAUUGUCCUCGAAAAGCUGGAAAUUCCGUCGAAAGGAAGUACUGUACUGUACUAGGCACAGCAGGAGCGACAAAUUUACCACUUUACCCGGCACUAGCUUUCAGGCUUCCAGCCACAGCCACAGCCGUCCUAUUGCCAUUCCCUCCCCCCUUUUGAGAGCUCCACUCCACAGUCCUCAACACCCCACCGCUCUCUUCUCCCCCUCUCGCUCGCUCCAAUGGCGGCCACCGCGCGCGUCCUCUUCCUCCCCUUCCUGCUCCUCCUCCUGACCGUUCUCGCCGCCUCGGCGCGCAACGAGGAGGACGCCCAGGCGCUGGCCGCGCUGAAGGCGGCCCUGGACCCAUCGGGCCGGGUGCUGGGCUCGUGGGACCCGGCCCGCGGCGACCCUUGCGGCGGCUCCUUCGUCGGCGUCACCUGCGACCGUGGCGCCGGCGGCCGCGUCACGGGCGUCUCGCUGCAGGGCCGCGGGCUCUCCGGGACCCUCCCGCCGGCGAUAGCCGGGCUCCGGCGGCUCAAGGGGCUCUACCUGCACUACAACGGCAUCAAGGGCGCCAUACCCAGGGAGAUUGGGAAACUGUCCGAGCUCGCUGACCUUUACCUCGAUGUUAACCAUCUCUCUGGGCCUGUUCCCGUCGAGAUUGCAGCCAUGGGGAACCUCCAAGUGUUGCAGCUGGGUUACAACCAGUUGACAGGCAGCAUACCACCCCAGCUGGGCAACCUGAACAAGCUUGCUGUUCUUGCACUGCAGUCCAACCAGCUGACCGGUGCCAUUCCAGCAACUCUGGGUGACCUUACUCGACUGACACGGCUUGAUUUGAGCUUCAACAGACUAUUUGGAUCUAUCCCUUCGAAGAUCGCUGAGGCUCCGCUGCUCGAGGUCUUCGAUGUUCGCAAUAACACUCUAUCCGGGAGCGUCCCUGCUGGCUUGAAGAGACUGAAUGGAGGCUUCCAAUAUGUGAACAAUAGGGAGCUUUGUGGAGUUGAUUUCAGUUUGCUUGAUCUUUGCACGUCUUCAGAGAAUGGCCUGAAUCCUAGCAAACCUGAGCCUUUUGGUCCAGAUGGCACUAUCAAGAGAGGGCAAGUACCCCAGUCGGUGAAUCCAGACACAACCAGAUCUUCAAAGGCCUCUUCAGGAGUUCUUAUUGUCGGUAUUGUUGCUGUGGUUAUUGGUGCUGCAUUCUGUGGAAUAUUUGCAUUCUCAUAUUAUCGCCGGCAGAAGCAGAAGAUUGGCAGCUCUCUGGAGGUUUCUGAUAGUAGGCUUAGCACAGACCACUACCAGCAGAAGGAAGCCUGCCGAAGGAGUGCUUCUCCUCUGAUUAGUAUUGAGUACUCAAAUGGAUGGGACCCGUUGUCAAGUGGAGGUUGCGGAUCAUCCGGUGAGGUUGGUGAUAGCUUUAGGUUCAACCUUGAAGAGGUCGAGUGUGCGACUCAGUACUUCUGUGAGGUUAACUUGUUAGGUAAGAGCGGUUUUGCUGCGACAUACAAGGGGAUGCUGCGUGAUGGCUCUGUUGUUGCUGUUAAGAGCCUCAACAAGACAAGUUGCAAGCAAGAGGAGUCUGAUUUCUUGCGAGGUCUGAAGACACUCACCAUUCUGCGACAUGAGAACCUUGUUGGCCUGAGGGGCUUCUGCUGCUCUAGGGGGAGAGGGGAGUGUUUCCUUGUGUAUGAUUUCAUGGUUAAUGGGUCCUUGUCACGAUAUCUUGAUGUUAAGGAUGGUUCCGGUGCUAGUGUUCUCGAUUGGCCUACAAGAGUUUCCAUCAUCAGAGGCAUUGCAAAAGGUAUAGAGUACCUACACAGUAAGAAGAGCAACAAGCCAUCGUUAGUGCAUCAGAACAUAUCAGCCGAGAAAAUUCUACUCGACCACCACUUCAUCCCACGGCUGUCGGUCCCAGGACUGCAUAAGCUCCUUGCUGACGAUGUUGUCUUCUCAACCCUGAAGGCCAGCGCAGCCAUGGGGUAUCUUGCCCCCGAGUACGCUAACACUGGCCGCUUCACCGAGAAGAGCGACGUCUUUGCUUUCGGGAUCGUUGUUCUCCAGGUCAUCACAGGCAGAAGGGCUGUCUCACAAUUGAAGGUAGGCACAGCGGUCAGUGACCUCGAAGGCCUGGUUGAUCUAAACCUCGACGGUGUCUUCUCAAGGACUGAGGCUGCUAAGCUCGCAGCGGUGGCCGUCCAUUGCACAAACGAAGCGCCGAGCCAACGGCCGACGAUGGAGGCUGUUGUUCAGCAACUCAGCAGCUGAUGCUGAGGGCCUGAACAAGAGCUGGUAUGAAAGAACUCUUUUGUGAUAGUACUAGUAAGCUGGAGGAGGGUAAUGAUCCAGUUGCCACUGACAUGCUAAUGUAGUAAUGUGGAACAUGUUGGCACCGAUUAACUAGUCACUUUUCUAGUGAUCUCACCUUUUGUAUCACAAUCUUUUCAUCACUGGAAUGCUGAAAGUUUGUGUGUGAGAUGUGAACCUUUGGUUCUCUAGAUCAGUAUGCCAUGGAUGUAGAUUUGUAAGCCAUUAGGCCUAGCUAUUAGCAAUUUUAAUGCGACUUUGGUCAUCAAUGCACUACUGGCAUAUUUCCUGCA